UAAUUGAUUCUCAGUUACGAUUUUUGUGAAAAUGUUUAAGAAACUAGAGUAAUGCUGGACUUUCUGAUAAUUUGUGAUUUUGUGAGAAGCCAAAGCACUUUCUUUUUAUGUAAAUGCAAAUAUUUUAAACAAAUUUUAACUCGUGGAAGCACUACUUCUUGUUCAAUAAGCAUAUAAAGAUAUCAGAUAUCAUAUAACAAAAUUUUUGAGUAUUUCAAUGGGGUGACUUGUGGAACAGUGCUCUCCUGAACCCGGGACCAAAAGGGACUUGAUUGACCAAAACUCAAAUCUAUUUUACAAAAUCAAAUUUAAAACAAAACAUCAACAAGAACUUUGGCAUUCAGCAAUCUUCAACAAAAACCUAUUUUUUCAAAGUGCUUCCAACACAACAGAUUCUAAAGAGCCAAAUUUUAGGGCAUUCAACGCCGCACUAAAAACACAUAACCAGCGAUUUGCAUUUAUAGAUCACAAAGCAAAACUAAAAAUUAUUAAAGAAGUGGCAAUCAGACAACACAGAACGUAGUUUCUUUUCCAUAAGCCAAACAGCUAGCGUCCUGAACGCCUCCUCCGAUGAGCAACACGGUCGUUUUGCCAGUCAAAGUGGCCACAGAAACCCUAUACCUCGGUGCUAACCACCUCGCUUGUGCCAACGUAAUAAACACAGUUGUUGUUGUAGCAGCUAACAACAUCGGCACACACCGCCGCAGCUUUGGACACUCGUACGCGGCACGCGCUGACCACAAUUAUAGCCGUGUGUAAGACCCUAGUCACAACAUAUUUGUGCCGUUACCAGCUAAAUAUCACUUGUGAAAUCAAUUCUAACUGAAAACAAUCUGUAUUAAAAAAAAAAUAAUAAUCAAGAGGCUCUUAUCUUAGUAAAAACAACAAAAAUCAAAUCGUAUAUCUUAGAGCAGCAAAGAAAAGUGGGAAUUUUAAGCAGCGUUUUAGGCGCUUAAACGUACUUCUUUCGCUUUUUGUAACCAGUAAGCUUCAAGACGGCCGGAACAAUGCUUAAAGUUGUCGGAGCAUCAUGGCAAAAAACUCGGAUAGGGACUUACAUCCUUAUCGGUGCUGGUUUACUUGUGAUCGGAGCUUUCUUCAUCAGCUAUAUGGAACGUCCGAAAUAUAAUGGCACCUACUGUGCUACAGCAUUUUGGUCGAAACAGACGGGAUUUCACAUUGAAUACUGGAAACAGCAAAAUGAUCUUCUUAACAUUCCAAAGGGUGCUGCUAGAGUCUGCUACAAAGAUUCGAUCUAUGAAAAUGGUUGGGCGCAAAUAGAGGUGGAAACACAGCGAACCUACCCCGACUGGGUACAGGCUUUCGGUGCUGGCAUACUUGAGGGCUCUUUAACAUGGAAUAACAUCUAUAAUCAAUGGAAGAACACCAUCGAAUCCUCCUGCAAUCGUGAUGAGAGUUCACAGAAUUUCUGCACUUGGCUGCGCGAGCUACUCGACGAGAAUUACAUGAGCAUCAAGGAGACGGCUUUGCAACGUGGCGAACAUGAUCAUUACUGGCAUCAGAUCAGUCUUUAUUUUAGACAACUUGAGGGUCUAGAGACGGGGUAUAUACGCGGCGCAUCACGUGCACGUUCCGAUCUCGAAGAGGAAAUACCAUUCUCCGAUUUUCUACUCUUGAAUGCAGCGGCCGAUAUACAAGAUCUUAAAAUAUACUUCGAGAAUUUCGUGUUGAAGACAGCUAAUCAAACAGAUGCCGCUGCGCAGUCAAAGAAUACGGAAGUUGAAGUUGAAGACAAGGCAGCUGAUGCUAUUGCGGCAGCGGAAACCGGACCAAAGAACUUCUUUCUGCCGAGCGCUACAAUGCUAACGAAAAUCUUUCAAACUGGCGAUUCACCAACAUGGCGUUUACUCUUUGGUCACAGCACCGCCGCCAGUUAUGCCUCAAUGUUGCGCAUACAGAAACGUUACAAGUUUCACUAUCACUUUUCGCCGAAUCAACGCUCGAAUACGGUGCCCGGCGUAGACAUCACUUUCACUGGUUAUCCCGGCAUACUCGGCUCCACCGAUGACUUUUACAUUGUUAAGGGACGUCAGGUGCAAUCGAUUGUCGGCGGUGUGGGCAUUAAGAAUGAGAAUAUCGACUUGUGGAAGACGGUAAAUGUUACACAAGCACUGCCGUUGGCCGCACGCGUCAUGGCCGCAAAUCGUAUUGCGCAGAAUCGACGCACCUGGGCGAAGGCAAUGUCACGUCACCCUUUCACUGGUUGUAAACAGUGGAUAACGGUGGACUUGAAUAAAUUGCGACCACAAGACAAUUUAUAUAUGACGCUGGCGGAGGAUGAAAAACACGAUGAUGCGGCAUUGCCUUUGAACGCCGCCGAUGAAGCGGCCAUUAGUGAGCGUCACAAUCGCAAUAAGGGUUUGGUGUGGAUCGUCGAACAGUUGCCCGGACGUAUGCAUCUUAAGGAUGUGUCAGAGAAUUUUCUAACUGGGGAAAAUUCCACUUGGAUAGCCAAUGGUGUGCCAUACUUCGAUGAGAUGCUGCAAGCUAGCGGCUUAACAGCUGAUGACACGUAUGACGAUAUGAAAGCCAAACUCGAAGAUGAGCUCACCAAUUUGGAGGCAGUCGAUCAGUUUAUGCGUAAGCAUGGUUUCCGUGGCGAUCUGCUGGGUGAAGAGUCCGUGGCCUAUGGCAAUAUUGACAUUAAAUUGUUCUCGUACAAUGCCCAAAUCGGUAUUAGUGAUUAUCAUGCCUUCGCCGGUCCUAUAUUCAUACGGUUGCAGCAUGUACAAACGCGCGAGUCGGCGGCAAGUGUGGCCAGUGAGUCCACAGAUAUUGCCUCCAAUUUGAAGGACGACCGUUUGAGCGUGAGCAUCGAUGAUGCGGCGCAACUAGCCGAGCUGGAGCGCAUAACCGAUCGUCGUUCGGUGCGCAAUGACAUGCAAGCGAUCGCAAUGCGCGAGGCGUCGAGUGGUCCCUUCAAGUGGUCGGAGGUAGCGAAUCAUAUGUCGGAUGUUGAGCAUCAAGGUCACCCGGAUGAAUUUAACUUUGGCAAAGUGUCACCGAAGUGGGCGUGGUGAGCGGUGCUGAUGCCAAUCGAGUAGCCGUUUUUGUGUUUAAUUUUACAGUCAGCCAUACAUACACACAUACUCCUACAUUUGUAUAUACAUAAAUACAUUCACACACAUGCAUGUGUGUGUUUUCAUUCUAAUUUGCCGUGUGGAAUUUCGAAACAUUUUUACAUUAUGUUUUAACUUAUUCGUUGGUGUGCUACCAAACUCCGUGUAAAAACAAAAACAAAUUUUUAUAUAGUAAAUUUUAUGAUUUCUAAAGAAUUCUUAUCGAUUGCUUCUAAACAAUUUUUAGUGAUUUUAGUCGUUUGUGAAAAUUUGUUCGAUUUUAUUUUUAUAAAAAAAAAGUGAAAGUUAUAUAACUUUAGUGCGUUCAUAGUUUAAAAAAAAACAUAUAAGAAUUUAUAUUGUAAAAAAAAGUAAACAUUAGUCUUCCAUAGUGUCGUCCAUUUUAGGAUGUUCUUUUGUAAAAAUAAAAUAAGAAUGUAUUGCCAGUUGUGUGUACAACAUCGGUUUAAGAUUUCUAACUUUUAUACAGAGCAAUUGUGAGAAUAAAAAAUACAUAAAAAUAGAAAAUAAUAUAAAACAACAAAA